UUGCCCUGGGAAUCACACGGGGAUAAAGACCAGGUCCAGCAGCAUCUCCAGCAAGACAGCUCCAGAGGAGGCCAUGGAGAAGCUCUUCAUUGCUGCAGGGCUCUUCGUGGGCCUGGUUUGCCUGGUGAAGUGCAUGAGGUUCUCGCAGCACCUUUUUCUGAGGUUCUGCAAGGCUUUGCCAAGCUCUUUCCUGCGAUCAAUGGGACAAUGGGCAGUGAUUACCGGAGCAGGCGAUGGCAUCGGGAAAGCCUAUUCAUUUGAGUUGGCCAGACAUGGACUCAAUGUUGUACUUAUUAGUCGGACACUGGAAAAGCUACAGACCAUUGCAGAAGAGAUUGAGAGGACCACUGGAAGCUGUGUGAAGAUUGUACAAGCAGAUUUUACCAGAGAAGACAUCUAUGACCAUAUUAAAGAACACCUUGAAGGCUUAGAAAUAGGAAUUUUAGUCAACAACGUUGGAAUGCUCCCCAGCUUUUUCCCAAGCCAUUUCCUGAGCACUUCCGGUGAGAGCCAGAAUCUCAUCCACUGCAACAUUACCUCCGUAGUCAAGAUGACACAGCUUGUUCUCAAACACAUGGAGUCAAGGAGGAAAGGCCUCAUCUUGAAUAUUUCUUCAGGCGCAGCCCUUCGUCCCUGGCCUCUUUACAGCCUGUACUCAGCUUCCAAGGCUUUUGUGUACACAUUUUCCAAGGCUCUGAGUGUGGAAUACAGAGAUAAAGGAAUCAUUAUUCAGGUGCUGACCCCUUAUUCUAUUUCAACCCCAAUGACAAAGUACCUAAAUAACAAGAUGACCAAGACCGCCGAUGAGUUUGUUAAAGAAUCCUUGAAAUAUGUCACGAUCGGAGCUGAAUCCUGUGGCUGCCUUGCUCAUGAAAUCAUUGCAAUAAUUCUGAACCGGAUCCCUUCCAGAAUCUUCUAUAGCAGCACCGCUCAACGAUUCCUCCUGACACGAUACUCAGAUUACCUCAAACGCAACAUCAGCAACAGAUAGUGGGGGAAGGGUGUGUGUGGGGGGGUAGAGUUAGGGUUGGGUGGGGGUAGGGUGAGGUGGGGCUGGAGGGAGAGUUGAGAAGGACAUCCAGAGCUCUUCAUUGGUAGUAGUGGCCAGAGGGUGGUGACCCUUGACCUCCUGAAAGGGAGCCUUCCAUGCCACAGGCACAGUGUGCAGUUGUUGGAAUUCAGAGAUCUUAGGAAAAGCUGGGGUGUAAAGGCUGUGUUUCUAUAAAAGGGAGGCUGGCAUCAAGGGAAAUGCUGGAAGAACCCCUCCCCCCAAAUAAUAAAUAUAC